AUGAAGGUCGCCGGGGCACUCCUCUGCCUACUGCUCUUAGAGACCACCUUCUGCCCCCGUGUGCUCGCUCUGCCAGGUAAGUCACCCGACCCACUGAGGGUUCCAACCAUCUGCUGCUUUAAUAUGACUGGUAGGAAGAUCCCCAUCCAGAAACUGGAGAGCUACAUAAGGAUCACCAACAGCAAGUGUCCCCGGACAGCCGUGGUCUUCAAGACCAGAGCAGCAAAAAAGAUCUGUGCCGACCCCCAGGAGAAGUGGGUUCAAGAUUCCAUGAAGCACCUGGAUCAGAAAUCCCCAAAGACAAAGCCAUAAACCCAAUCCGCUGUUGCCCGGCUGACUCUGACUCAUGGUGCCUCCGUGAAACUCAGGUUGAACUGCAUUGUGCUGGGCUUCAGGGGCUCUCGUCAAGCAGAUGGCAAUUGUGAGGGCUCUCUUCGGCUCCACAGUCAUAAAUCUUCGCUUCUCUUGAAACCAAACCCCGGUCUGAGAAAUGUUGAUUCAUUUCCCCUGGCCCCGCCAAUGUGUAUUCUGGGGAGAA